GAGGGAGGGAUGUGGGAGAGGGGAAGAGCGAGGGGGGCCCCGGCGUGGACCGGGGUGGGGGCCGGGGCUGCCAGCCUGGCCCUGGCCUGUCAAGCGGCUCAUUGUUCCUGCCCCGGGUGCCACUGGGCGCCGCCGGGGACAAUGUGGCACUGAGCGGGGUGGCCGGCGGCGGAGGGACGAGGAGCACGGAAAGGCUCAGCUCACCCUCCUGCCAUGGCAUCGCAGGACACAGCCAGCAGCCUGGGCAGCAGCCCCGAAGAGACGGAGCUCAGCAUCACCCUGACCCUCCGCAUGCUCAUGCAUGGCAAGGAGAUCGGCAGCAUCAUUGGCAAGAAAGGAGAGACUGUUAAGAGGAUACGAGAGCAGAGCAGCGCACGCAUCACCAUCUCGGAGGGGUCCUGCCCCGAGCGCAUCACCACCAUCACCGGCUCCACCAACGCUGUCUUCCGUGCUGUUUCCAUGAUAGCCUUCAAGCUGAAGGAGGACCUGGGAGCAGGGUGUGAUGGGGCAGCAGCAGGCAGAGCACCGGUGACGCUGCGCCUGGUCAUCCCAGCCAGCCAGUGUGGCUCACUCAUUGGCAAGGCAGGAGCCAAGAUCCGGGAGAUCCGGGAGAGCUCAGGGGCACAGGUGCAGGUGGCUGCUGACCUGCUGCCCAACUCCACCGAACGGGCCGUCACUGUCUCGGGGGUGCCAGACACCAUCAUCCAGUGCGUGAGGCAGAUCUGCGCCGUCAUCCUGGAGUCACCUCCAAAGGGAGCCACCAUCCCCUACCACCCUGGCCUCUCCUUGGGCACCAUCCUGCUCUCUGCCAACCAGAGCUUCCCCAUGCAGGGCCAGUACAGCGGGGUCUCUCCUGCAGAGGUGACGAAGCUGCAGCAGCUCUCAGGGCACUCGCUUCCCUUUACUUCCCUGGGCCACGCACCCACCAUGGUGCCGGGCCUGGAUACCAGCUCCCAGUGCAGUUCCCAGGAGUUCCUCGUACCCAAUGACCUCAUCGGCUGCAUCAUUGGCCGACACGGCAGCAAGAUCAGUGAGAUCCGUCAGAUGUCAGGUGCCCACAUCAAGAUUGGGAACCAAACUGAGGGCUCCAGCGAGCGGCACAUCACCAUCACGGGGUCCCCCGUCAGCAUCACCCUGGCUCAGUACCUCAUCACAACCUGCUUAGAGACGGCCAAAUCUACCUCCCAGGUGCCGCCAGGCCCUGGCUCCAUGGACCUCGGCGUGAGCUUCAACCAGCCCCUCACCCCGGGCUCUGGUGCAGCGCUGCCCACAGUUGCCCCUGCCCACCCAGCCCUGCUGGGCACCCCCUACACCAUCUCCCUCUCCAACUUCAUCGGCCUGAAGCCGAUGUCCUUCCUGGCGCUGUCCCCGUCCUCUGUGGCGGGUCCCAACGGCGGCACUGCCACCCACACGACCAAGAUCUCGGCUGCCAAUGGCACCAAGCGAGCCGACCGGCAGAAGUUCUCACCCUACUGAGCCCUGCCAGCAGGUGGGUGAGGGGGGCCGGGGUGCCCCCCAGUGCCAGAGACACCCCCUGAUGCCCACCCUGUCCCCAGCCCCUGCCAGGCACCCCAUGGCCAGAGUGGACCCUUUGCCCCCUGCCCUGGGGAGGGGUCCUCCUGGCAGAUGUCCACGGAGGAAAAGGCUGCUCUGCUGCCUGCUGCCCACCCCGGCAGUGCUGUGUCCCCCUCCUCGGUUCUCCUCCGCGGGGACCACGUGCCCUGGUACUGGGGGGUGCGCAGCUGUCCCUGCUGGCCUGUAGUCCCCUUCUCUCAGUGCCCAGUGCCAGGGUGGGACCCCCACCACCUGCCCCUCGCCCUGCC